AGCUUUUGGAAUUGUCUAACCAAUUCCCGGUGACUCAAUUGCAGCUGACGAAUCUUUUCUUCGCACAGACAUCGACCUUGUCGCUGACACAACAGAGGUCUUGUUUUUGUUUUGUUUUUUACUUUCUUCUCUCGUUUCAGCGAAUCCCUGUUCUUAACUCGAUUUGUCUAUUGCUGUUUACUGGACAGAAGUGGAACAGAUACUGUGAAGUUAUCUUACUCGUUUUUCCGGCAAUCUGGUGGAUGGAUGGACGUUUAGCUUGUCUUCGUUUGUCUCGGCACGCUGAUUUUGACCGGACUUGUGUUUUCUCAAGGCGGAAAGAAGGCCGGAGAGAUAGCACUGACACGAGAAGUGAAGCUUUUCUAUUAUGGCCUUUAAGAGGAAACAAGUUUAUCAUUUUAUCACUGGAGUUCAUCGUGGUGGCCAUGCUACUGCCUUCUAAAGUUUCGAACGCAUUAUGUCAGGAUCAAUGUUUCCGUAGUGUGAAACUCGUGGCGAUUGGAAGAAACUUGAGUUUUGUUCGCCACCACCGACUUUCUGACUCAUUGCUCAGAAAAGAUCGAGUUGUGAAGCGUCAAAGAGGCGGUUCCAAACAAGCUAUCGCCAUUGUCGGUUCGUUCAUCGGGAAAGGUUUUCGCUCUCGUCUUCUCCAAGUUCUGCCACAGUGUGUGUUGUUCACUGUGGAUCAAAGUUCCGUGCCGACAAAAGCUAUUCUCCCGCUAGUUUGAUCCAUCACUGGGCUUUGAGCUACAAAACAAAAGAGGAGGAUAGGAUUUCGAUCGAGAGAAACUCGUUGCUGUUGCCACAUCGCGAAAGAAUCCACGAAAGGGAUUUGACUUGCGCUAGUGAAAGGCUGCCGCCUCCUCGCUCGCUCGCAGUGGGGUCCAAGCUUUUUAAGAGAGAAAACUAUUUCUCGAUUAAACAAAACCAUUGUUUAAUUCCGUA